AUAUAUACCUUUCAAUGACUAAAUCACACGUUGAAGCUCAAGUAAAGAGGCCCGUUUAUCACGACCCUUGGGCUAAGCGUGAAGCCUGGCGUAAACACCCCAUCUUUUCAAAAUCUUCCAACUUCAAGACCAUGUUUCCUGGACUUGGUAUUGCAACUGUCGCAUUUGCUGCUUACUGCACCUAUGAACACUUUUUCCUCAAGAAGAGCAACAGCCAUCACUAGAUCUAAACUAUUCAUUGUUUAAUGUAGGUCAAGAUUUGUAUUGAUUAUGACUAUUCUAAUUCUUUUCCUAGUUUGACAAUUGUGUAAAAUUUUCUUUUUGAAAUUAAAAAAUAAACAGCAAAAAAGAAACGCUCAGUGCAACUAUUUAAUGUGAAUUGAUGUGCGAUUCUGAAAGAUGCAACGCUUCUCCAUUGAUGAUAUUAUUUACACAACUAAGGAUCAACAGCUACAGUCUUUUAACGAUGACUGUCUAUAUUAGGCAACAGUGUUGACUUUUGUUCUUUCUUUUUAUUAUACUUUAUCACGUAUAAACAAGCGCUUCUCUUCAAAAGACAAAACUGAACUACGA